CCCUCUGUGAGCAUGUAUCGCAGGAACGGGCUCUCGGAUGGCACCAGCAUCAACUCAGUCACUUCAGAGGCCAGCAGCAGCUCUGACUCUCUGGAUGGACCCUGUGUGGACUACGCCAAGAGCUACGAUGCAGUCGUCUUCGAUGUGCUGAAGGUGACACCUGAGGAGUUUGCUAGCCAAAUCACCCUGAUGGAUGCACCAGUCUUCAGGGCGAUACAGCCAGAGGAGCUGGCCAGCUGUGGAUGGAAUGGAAAAGAGAAACACAGUUUGGCUCCAAAUGUGGUCGCAUUCACACGAAGGUUCAACCAGGUGAGCUUCUGGCUGGUGAGGGAAAUCUUAACUGCCCAGACGCUGAAGAUUCGUGCAGAGAUAUUGAGCCAUUUUGUUAAAAUCGCAAAGAAACUGUUGGAGUUGAACAACCUUCACUCUCUGGUGUCGGUGGUGUCUGCUCUGCAGAGCGCUCCCAUCUUCAGACUCAGCAAAACUUGGGCGCUGAUCAGUCGGAAAGACAAGGCCACAUUUGAGAAGCUGAACUAUCUGACGUCCAAGGAGGAGAACUACACCCGCAUGAGAGAAUACAUCCGCUCCCUGAAGAUGGUGCCCUGUAUUCCUUACCUCGGCAUCUACUUGUUGGACAUGAUCUACAUUGACUCAGCCUAUCCUGCAUCAGACAGUAUCAUAGAGACGGAGCAACGGACCAAUCAGAUGAACAACCUGCUGAGGGUCAUCUCUGACCUGCAGAUGUCAUGUAACUAUGAUCAUCUUGUGACUCUGCCACAUGUCCAGAAGUAUCUGCUGUCAGUUCGCUACAUAGAGGAACUCCAGAAGUUUGUGGAGGACGACAACUUCAAGUUGUCUCUGAAGAUUGAACCCGGCAACAGCUCCCCUCGCAUCGCCUCCUCUAAAGAAGACCUGGCAGGUCUGUCUGAGGUCUCUGCCUCUAUGAGGUACAACCGACGGCCUACCUGCCCCGAUGCCUCUGUGGGGGUUCACAUCCCCACCCCUCCCCCCUCCCACCACAGGAAGAGCCAUAGUCUGGGAAACAAUAUGAUGUGUCAGUACGGCAUGUCGGAGAGCAGGAGCGCCACGUUUCCCAUAGAGAAAGCACGACACCUGCUGGACGACAGCUUCUUAGAGUCUCAGAGCCCCGUCAGAAACGACCCACACAGCACAUCUGUGUCCAACGGCCUGUCAUUAGGCAGCAGUGAAAGCUCUUUUGGGGAGGAGCUGUCACCUGGAAUGGAAAGGGGCCGCAUGUAUGCUACACUGGGCCCCAACUGGAGGGUCCCGCUUCGCAACUCCCCCCGGAGCCGCAGCUAUGUUUACAGCUCCUCUGCUGCCAACUCCUGCUACGGCUGCAGCGAGGCCGGCGGUGUGACCAUCGAAGGGCCCCUGAGGAGGAAAACCAUGCUGAAGGAAGGACGGAAGCCCAAGUUGUCAUCGUGGACCAGGUUUUGGAUUUCUCUGUCUGGAUCAACGCUGACCUUCUAUGGGGCCAAAGCUCUGAGGGCCUCUGAGAGGAAACAUUACAAGUCCAACCCCUGCAAGAAGGUGUGUGUGACUGGAUGGAUGGUGGUGCUGCCAGACGACCCGGCCCGGCCCAACAUCUUCCAGCUCAAUGACCCAGACAAAGGUAAUGUUUACAAGUUCCAGACUGGAUCCAGGUUUUCGGCCAUCAUCUGGCACAAGAACCUGGAGGAGGCUUGUAGGAGCAGCAGACCUCAGAUACCAGCAAACCUCAUGUCAUUUGAAUGAGAGCGGACUUUAUCUGGGAGGGGGGGGGCAUCAUUGUGCCAAACCC